ACAGAAUGCUGAAACAGUUUCUGAUGAGUUAGAAGAACAUGGCAGUAGAAUAAAGGAGAAGGCUGUUUCUGGAGAGAAUAAAGGCUAUUACUGAAUUUAGUUGCCCGCUUGCUAACCUUGGCUUCAGACCUUUCCAGAUUUGGUUGGAGCAUGAAAGGGAGGAAGAAAAAUAUGGUAAGAAGGGCUGCGGAGGUGAGCAAGGUGAGGGCGGGGCCUUGAGCGCAGCCACCCACUCUCUGCCGGCUCUCGGUCUCUAGAAAAGGCGCGUGGUUCGGUCUGCAGGGCUGAGUGCGGAGCCCCCAGCAGCAGCAGCAGGUUCCGCAGCGCCGCUGUCAAGGAGCCUGAGCCACUUGGCUCCGCAGCACGGUGCCGCCUAGAGGGCUCCGCAGGGCGAGUUCAGAGUGCCCGGAGCCACCCCCGUACCUCGAGGAAGCGCAGCGAACGAACGCAGGAGAUCGCACCAGGACAUCUGUCUCUGCCGCCUACAAGAGAAUAUGGAUUUUGCCACAAGAUGGUUCUACCUGCCUUUGGGUUGCAUGUUGCUGAUCCAUCUGACUCAUGCUGACUUUGAAUUUCAAAAGGGGGUACUUGCCAGCAACAACCCAGGGAUCAUGGAAGACAUUGAUCCCCAGUGCUGGAAUACGUGCUCUUUGACAUUGAUAGAGCUCAAGGAACUCAAGAUAGAGCACAAUGUGGAUGCUUUCUGGAAUUUCAUGUUGUUCCUGCAAAAAUCCCAGUGGCCUAGACAUUAUAAUGUCUUCUUAAGCAUAGCUCAGGAUUUCUGGGACAUGUAUGUAGACUGCUUGCUUUCAAGAUCUCAUGGAAUGGGCAGAAGACAGUUGAUGUCUCCCAGGACUGGAUUUUAUAAAACGUGAGUUUUACAUUUAAGAGAACAUGGAAAAAUACCUCAAGCAGGAUGACACCAACCUGAAAAUUUAACCCUGUGUCAGUAUUUAUGAGCUCAAAUAUUUCCUACAGCAUUUAUCAAAAUUGUUAUUUCCAGUUCUUUAAUAUUGAUGAAGGUUGUAUUUUUGUUGAUGUGUAAUUGUUAGAAUCAUCAUUUCUAUACUUUUGGAUAAUUUGUCAAUAAUUUUUUAUUUAGAAGGCAUCUUUGUAAAGCAUCUUUUUUUUAAAAGAAACCAUCACUUUAAAUGCAAAUACAAUAUAUAUAUUUUAAUACAAUGAUCAGUGGAGUAAAAUAAUAACCAAUUUUAUCUGGUGUUAUAUAUAAUAUUGACCUUAAAACUGUGCCAAAAUUAAUGCCAAUAUUAUCCUAAAAAGUAAUAUUUAAUCUUGAUGUAGUAUACUCUGUGGCUUCUGAUAUAUGUGUCUCAUCACCAAGCUAUCUUAUAUAUUACUUUUUAUCCAUUAAGGACUAAAAUUUCAUUUUAUGUUCUCAUUUUUAUUGUCCUUAUUUUAAAAAAAGGAAUAAUGAACAGAAAAGUAGUAAGAAACUUCAUUUUAGUAAAGUGCAAAAUUAAAGUGAAAGUCACUCAGUCAUGUCCAGCUCCACUCAGUCAUGUCCAACUCUGUCACCCCAUGGACUCUAUAGUUCAUGGAAUUCUGCAGACCAGAAUACUGGAGUGGGUAGCCUUUCCCUUCUCCAGGGGAUUUUCCCAACCAACCCAGGGAUCAAACCCAGGUCUCCUGCAAUUUCAGGCAGAUUCUUUACCAGUUGAGCCACAGGGGAAGCCCAGGAAUACUGGAGUGGGUAGCCUGUCCCUUCUCCAGCAGGUCUUCCCAACCCAGGAAUCAAACUGGGGUUUCCUGUGUUGCAGGUGGAUUCUUUACCAACUGAGCUAACAGGGAAGCCCUUUAGUAAAAUGUAAUUGGAUAGAAUUUUUGUCUCUAGAAGACAAAAAUUGUUUUUAUAUUUCCUUUUAUAUAACACAUUUUAUUCUAAAAAGGAUGUGGAAUUUAAAGAAAUAUACCAAACAAUAGAAUAACAUGAAUUAGAUUAAGAGAUUGGGAUGAUGAGAAAUAGGAAACAAAUAAUAUGCAGUUAAAGUUUUAGAUCAAAGCUUUUAAAUGUAUGUCAUAAAGUUCUAUACCUUUGAUAAAGGGUAGCCAUAAAUUUAGUCUGAAUUUCCAAUGUGAAUUGGGGCUCAUGAGUGGUUUCAAGACUCAUAGUGGGGACCAAGCAAUAUGUUUGCGAGCCUAGCUUUUUCCUAGGUCUGAGGAUCAAUAGAAGUCUGUCUGUCCCAUAGGUUUUUUAUAAUGGCUGCCAUGGGUUAAAGCAUUGUGUUUUCAAGUAUCCCAACAAUGACAGAUAGCCUUCAAUGUAACUUGAUGCCAGCACACCCAAACACAAUUAAAUACAAACAGUUUCAAAAGCAUCAAAAAUAAUAUGAAUUGUCUGAUAGUUUGAUUUGAUCCAAGAAUAAAUUUUGAAUUAGGGGGCCUGACAUUCUUUGAGUUGUGGACCACUUUGAAAUUCUGAUGAAAUUAUAGACCCUUUACUAGGGGUUUUAUAUAUAUAUACACUCAUACUUUGUACAUAAUUUCAGGGGUCCCAUGAGUCCUAGGUCAAGAAACUCCAGUAUUAAGGAAUGAAUGGACUGCAUAGCUUUCAGGUAUUUUUUUUACAAGUAGCAUUUCAUAUAAAUAAGUUUUGUAUAAUAACUGGUUACAGAUAAUAUGAGGUUUUAAGUUUAAUAUUAUACAUUUCUAGAUUGAGAAUAUUUGAUCUUGCCAAUUACAGAUAGAUCCCUAAGCUCAGAAAAGCAACUAGUUAGAGGGUAGACCAUAUGUUCUCUUAUAAAAAUGACCAAAUACCCAUGAAGCUGAUAAAUUCAUUUCCUUUUAUAGAGGCAUGGGGUCAUGAUUUUUCCUUAGAAAACAGUCCUCUUUUGGAACUUCAGAAGUUGAAUGCCAUAAAGCAAGAUCAUGUCAUUUUAGCCUAAAAAAUUAUUCAACCAGUUGUCAGCAAUCUUUGUUGUCAUAAAAAUUUUAUUGCAGCAAUGAUGAGCUUUUUAAUAUUAAUAAAAUUAAUUUCUAACCUUCCAAAACAGAUUAACUGAAAAUGAUUUCCUAGUUCUCCUAGUUAAAUUUACAUGCGACCUUGGAUUAUUAAAGAAGUUAAAAAUAAGGAUAUUUCCUAAACUGAGCAUUCUGGUUUUAGAGCCGUCCAUCUUAAGUCUCUUUGAUGGUACUUAGAUAUAAUGCUCUGUUAAAUCCCCCCAGUUUUGGGCAUAAAUCAUGUCAUCUGUAUACAGAAGAAAAAAUUUUUUUUCAUCGUUCACUUAUUCAUCCAACACAAAUUCAUUGAGCUUGGAGAUACACUGCUGAGCAAUCCAGACACAAUCCUUGCUCCCAGAGUUGUCACUGCUGUAGGACAAAGAUGCAGCAGGAAAUAAUAUUACUAAUUUAAAAUCACUUUUAUGAUGUCAAAAUAUAAGCUUUUUUUUUUUUUAAAAAAAAGAGAAAUGGUAGCCAGAAUAGGGUUGAGUGGGGAAAAAUUCUUAGUUCUCUUUUUUGUUAUUCCAAAUCAUCAGACUAGUCAGACAAGACGAUGAUCCAAAAAAUAAAACCCCAAACCCCCACCCAUUCUUGCAGUCGUGGUAUGGUAAAGACUCAAUAAGUUUCACAGCUUUAUGUAUAUGCUGAACUCUUAUAGCUUAAUUCAAAACCAGUUAUUUUCCAGAGUGCUGAAAGCUGAGGAGGGAAAAAAGAUAGCAAAACAUAUAUUGGGAAUUCACUGGAAGUCAAGUGGUUGGGACUUCUUGCUUCCACUGCAGGAGACAUGGGUUUGAUUCCUAGAUGGGAAACCAAGAUCCCACAUGCUUCAAAGUACAGAGAAACAAAACAAAUAAAACCAUCUAAUAUUGCUCCCAAAAUAUUUCUUCAUGAGGUGAUACAAUGGUUAAUUUACUGAGUGCUUAUGCUGAAAAUUCCUCUGCUCUUCCUAUAGAAUUUUUUUUUAACUUUAAAUAAGCUUUUUAUUUUGGAGUAGUUUCAAAUUUGCUGAAAAGUUGCAAGCUAGUGCAGAGAGUUCUUAUAUACGCCUCACCCAUUUUUCCAUAUUGUUAACAUCUUACAUUAGUCUGGUAUGUUUGUCGUAACUAAUGAACCAGUAUUGAUACAUUCUAAAUUAAACUUCAUAUUUUAUUUGAAUUCCACUAAUUUUCCCCCUUUUAUGUCCUCUUGCUGUUCCAGUCUGAUGAUCUGGAAUAAGGAAAAAGAAAACUAUGAAUUGUUCCCCACUCAACCCUAUCCCAUCCAGGACACCAUUUACAUUGAGUUGUCAUGUCUCCUUAGACUCUAAGAAGAUGUUUUUGAUUACCUUGAUAAUUCCAGAUACUGGCCAGGUAUAUUGCAGGAUGUCCCUCAAUUUGGGUUUGCCUGAUGUUUCUCUCAGGUUUUGAUGAGGGUUAUAGGUUUUGGGGGAUGAAAACUACAGAGGUAAAGCACUGUUCUCAACACUUCAUAUCAAGGGUACAUGCUGUCUACAUGACAUACCUCACAGAUGGUGUUUAACCUUGGCUAAGGUAGUAUUUGGGCUUCCCAGGUGGCACUAGUGGUAAGGAACCUAUCUGCCAGUGCAGGAGGCAUAAGAGAUGCCAGUUUGAUCCCUGGGUUGGGAAGAUCCCCUGGAGGAGGGCAUGACAACCCACUUCAGUAUUCUUGCCUGGAGAAUCCCAUAGGGAGAGGAGCUUGGCAGGCUACACAGUCUAAAGGGUCACAAAGAGUCAGACAUGACUGAAGUGACUUAGUAUGCAAGGUAGUAUUUACCAGAUUUCUUGGCUAUAAAGUUACUUUCCCUUCUCUUUCUAUGUUGUAUGCUUUAAAGCAAGGCAUUAAGCAUAACCCACACUUUAGGGAAUGGGAAGUUAUGUUACAUUUCCUUGAAAAGGAACUAUCUACAUAAAUAUAAGUGGUCAUGAAACAUGGCUGCCAAUGACUGAUGUAAGCUUAGGCUGUGUUGGCCGCAGGUGAGUAAAAAUGAAAGGGACUAGUUUUAUUAUACCCUCUAUGUAUCUAUGUUAAACCUGUAAAUUUUUGUUUGGUUCUGUUGGUCUCAGUAUAGAGGAAUACUAACAAAUUUCAGCACUUCAGAAAGAGCUGGCCAGAUUCAUAGUCUGGAAUGAUUAAAUAAACUGGAUAUUUGACCCCCAGAAACUUAGGGUGAACAUCAUAGUUUUUCCCUGUGAUAUGAAAUGCACCCUGUGUUCCAGAGGCAGACUGAGGAACAGAAGAACAAUAGUUGUUCACCUAAUUAUUCACCAGUUUUCAUCCAAUAUGAGCAAGCACUGGCUGAAAGGAUCUAAUCAUGUAAUGAACUCCUCCCUCAUGUGGUAAAAUUCUCAUUAUUGAACAGUGUUGAAGUCACUUUCAUCUGGGCUCCUAAACUCCAUUUUUAUUUUCUUGACUAUUUUUUCAUUUAGUUUAUUAGCAAAAGUUUGGGAGCUAAAAUUUUGUCUCACUUGACUCAUGGAAGGAAAUAUACUAUCCACCUUUCAGCCAGGCCGGAUGGGCUCAGGAGUGAUGUAGUGGGAGCACAGAUGUGAGGAGAGACGGAGACUUGUUAGAAUUAGUGACAGUGUCAGACAGAGGGACUGAUUUGCUGGCUCACUGCUGAGUGCCUAGAACUAUAAUAUGGGAUCUUGGAUAUUGUCUGUCUACCAAGUACAAGUGUCUAGAUUAAGCAACCUUACUACCCUUCAUCCACAUACAUUUCUUCCUCUGUUAAAUGGCUGCUAGGUAAUAACCUGCCCUAUUUUACCUUUCCUCUUUCUGAUGGGUGAGAUUUACAACAACAGGGAGAAAUUCUACAGAAGGCACAGAUUUUUUUGAUGACAGUCAGUCCUAAUAAAUCUGGAGAUACCAAGUUGUACUAUAUACAAAAAAUGAUAUUCACCCAAGUAGUAUCAAUUCUAUUUCUACUCUCUGGUCAUAUUAAUGUAGUAGUAUUUAUGCCUCAUUUUAGAGAAAGUCUACCACUCUUAUGAAGUGAAUGCAUCUGAACUACCAUAACGUGUCUGUGUUUAGCAUUCCCUGUAUAGUGUUUUGUUGGUUGAACCUUCCCUUUGAGUUCAGGACUUUGCUGUAUUUGCGUAAGUUGAGGGAAAGGCUGCCAGGAACUGGGGCUACCAUCACACUUAUUCAGUAAUUAACUAAGGUGUUGGUUACCACAAUGAAUGAGAUAUGGUCUC